GAUAAGGGAAUCCAUUGGAACACUCUCAUAUCCAACAAAACCACACACAAAAAAGGAAAAUGGCUGAAACCGAAGCUCAAGUCCGUUUCGGCAUCAUCGGAUGCGGAAACAUAGCGAGAAAGCUCGCAAGAGCCAUUAACUUAGCCCCGAACUCCGUCCUCCACGCCGUCGGCAGCCGCUCCAUCGAAAAAGCAAAGCGAUUCGUUAGUAUUAACGGAUUGGAUCAUCAAAGGGUCAAGAUUUAUGGGAGCUACGAGCAAGUGGUGGAGGACCCAUCGGUGGAUGCAGUGUACAUGCCGUUGCCGACUAGCUUGCACGUUCAAUGGGCGGUCAUGGCCGCCCGAAACGGCAAGCAUGUGCUGGUCGAGAAACCAACGGCUCUUGAUGUGGGUGAGCUUGAUAGAAUAGUUGGAGCUUGUGAAUCCAACGGCGUGCAGUUCAUGGAUGGGUCCAUGUGGCUGCACCAUCCUAGGACUGCUCAAAUGAAGGAGAUGCUCUUUGAUUCCAAGCUUUUGGGAGAUGUCAAUUAUAUUUACAGCACAUCUACGACUUCACCGUCCCCGGAGUUCUUCGAGAACGACAUAAGAGUGAAAGGAAAUCUGGAUGCCCUAGGAGCCCUCGGUGAUCUUGGCUGGUACUGCCUUGGAGCUGUUUUAUGGGCCAAAAACUAUCAGCUACCAACCGUCGUCACUGCUCUACCGGACGUCACUAAAAACUCCAAUGGAGUCAUCAUCUCCUGCUCGGCUUCCAUUCAGUAUAAGGAACCAUCAGCAGUAGGAGCCACAACAAAUGCAAUCAUCCACUGCUCUUUCCUCUCCGACACAUCCAUGGACUUGGCCAUAACCGGUUCCGGAGGAUCGUUGAAUCUUAACGACUUCAUCAUUCCGCAUCGAGAGAGUUCCGCUUCAUUCGAGUUCACAAAGGGUGCGAAAUUCGUGGAUCUCCACAUCGGGUGGAACGUGAAACCUGAAAAAGUUGUGGUGAAUUGUGAGCUUCCGCAGGAGGCUUUGAUGGUUAAGGAGUUCGCGAGGCUUGUUGUCGGGGUUAGAACGUCGGCAUUGCUGCCGGAUCGCAAGUGGCCGGAGAUUAGUAGGAAGACUCAGAUGCUGGUGGAUGCUGUGAAGAAAUCUAUUGAGCUUGGUUGCGAGCCUGUUUAUCUCUAAGUGAUAUGUAUACCACUAAAUUUGAU